AUGUCACCGCGAGUCUCCGUCUCCUCGAGUGGAAUAUCUCAGUUCACUUUCGUGACGGGGAACACCCAAUCGGAAGCUCGGAGCCAUGCUAUGAAGGAGCACUGGAAGCGGCGACAUCUGCGCAAUCAGGAGGCGAAGGCAUAUCACCCGAAGAGAUCAUCGCGAACUUUGCUUCCGCACUUGAGGAGCGACCAUAAAGAAGAUGUUUCAUCAUCAGCAGAUGGGAGUAGCUCUUCAAGGUUACAACAUGACGGGGACGUGGACGUGGCCGAGAGUCGAGAGAAACAUCCCAGCAUUUGUGCUCAGCUGCUGUGCGGUGUGAGUUAUGCGCUGUCCAGCUCGAGGCCUGACCCGUUCCAGACGUGUCCUGUUCACUUGACGAGCCAGCAUCAGAAACUUCUGCAUCACUGGAUUAGCACCCAUGCGGCUAUGAUGUUCGAAGAUCUGAAUGUCGCCGAGUUUAACCCGAUGAGGGAUGUUUGGUUCCCGCUGGACCUUUCGAAUGCUUCUUCUUUCAACUGCAUCAUGGCGCAUUCAGCUGCGCACUUAUCUCACCUAUACGCUGGCACUCCUCCGCGACGAGGAACGAAUUCUUCUGAUACCUUGAAAUAUAAGAUCGAGGCUGUGAGGAUAUUACGCGGUUGGCUUGGUGAUCCUGCGAAAGAGCUAAGCGAUGACUCUUUUGCUGCUGUUGUUCGUCUGCUCACGUUUGAGCGAUACUGGGGUACAGUGGCAGAUUGGAAAAUCCACCGUGAUGGCUUACAAAGAAUGAUCGAUGCCAAAGGUGGAGUUGAAGCACUUCACGAGAACUGGCGAUUGGAACUUGUGGUUUACCUUGUCUCGUUAAUGUCGCGGCCAUCAUGGCUCGAGUCCACGAACAACCUCGAACAAAUAUCUCGUCCUUUUUACUCACCCCCCCUUAUGCAACAAGCCCCCUCUCUAGAUGUUCAAAAGGUCCGCUGCCUUUGGUUGAUAUCAUUCAUUCAAGACAUGAGAACGUUCAUGGGAUCUUUCUACAACAGAGGGCUUUCGUCGUUCCCCUUUACUCAUUCGGCAGUCGGACUUUUGCGCCAUAGCUUUCAGCUCUGCAUUGAGUCUUCUUCCCACGAUGCUCACAUCACGGAGUGGGAAGACGAAAUGCUAGGAUGUUUGUUCUCCAUCAGUGUCCUAGUACAGGAGUCGAUUUCCGCCCUGUCCGACGGGGAUUCGAUAACACUCACUGGACCGAACCGACUUGAUGAAUUGGAGAUAUCCUUAAGGGACUCUCAACAUAUGUGGGGGCAUUCAGUCCACAACUUGCGCUCUAUCUUAUAUGAAAGCCUGACAAGGCUCUUUGAGGAGGGAGAAUUCAAGGUGAAUUAUGUUAUGGACCUGGUGCAGGUUCUUGGCACAUUGAGUUCGGAAGCGCGCCAGGGAGUCGAGAAAUGUCUUCUUAAUUUGCUUUACUGCCUCGGGAACAGCAACAACACGUUAUCCAUAGAUGACGGAUGGACGCCGGAUUCGCUUUUAUCGUCAAUGCACGGCCAUUAG